AUGAUCAGGCCAAAUCCUCCUAGCCUUCACCAGGUCCCUUGCGGUCUCUUCAUUCCUUCCCUGGCCAUGGGUGCCAUCAUCGGGCGGCUGGUGGGCAUCGGCUUGGAGCAGCUAGCAUAUCACAAUCAAGACUGGGCGGUGUUUGCUGGGGAGUGCAGCACAGGGGAGAACUGCAUUACCCCUGGGCUGUAUGCCAUGGUUGGGGCGGCAGCUGUACUUGGUGGGGUCACGCGCAUGACUGUGUCAUUGGUAGUGAUCAUGUUUGAGCUGACGGGAGGUGUACGUUACAUUGUGCCUCUCGUGGCUGCAGUGAUGGCCAGCAAGUGGAUUGGGGACGCAUUUGGUCGUGAGGGUAUUUAUGAUGCCCACAUUAUCCUCAACGGCUAUCCAUUCUUAGACUCCAAGGAAGAGUUCAGUCACACCACUCUUGCACAUGAUGUGAUGAAGCCAGGGUGAAAACAUGAGUCUUUCUUCGUGAUAACCCAAGACAGUAUGGCCCUGGACGAUGUGGAGCAGCUUCUUCGAGAGAUGGACCACAAUGGGUUCCCCGUGGUGGUGAGCCGGCAGUCUCAGUACCUGGUUGGUUUUGUUGCCAGAAGGGAUCUAAAUAUUGCCAUCAAUCAAGCUAAAAAAAGCACAGAAGGAAUUGUGGGUGAGUCGGUUGUGUUGUUCACGGCGUCGGUGCCAUCACCGUGGAUGGGUCCUCCACCUCUUUGCCUUCUCAAGAUCCUGGAUCUCGCACCCAUCACCAUCACUGACCAAACGCCAAUGGAGACAGUGGUCGACAUGUUCAGAAAGCUGGGGUUGCGGCAAACACUCGUCACACACAAUGGACGGCUGCUGGGGAUCAUCACCAAGAAGGAUGUUCUGCGUCACAUCAAGUUCCUGGAGAGUGAGGACCCAGAGUCGGUCCUCUUCAAUUGAUUGCCUCAUGUCGCUUGGGCUCAAUCAUCAACAUUGUUUUAAUUUAUUACAUGUCUCAAGGAGGUAUUGUUCAAACUGUACCACCAUGGUGUGUGUGUACAUUGCCCUGAGGGUUGACAGAUUUCCACCAUUAAAUUGCUGUGUUUAUUUAGUCACUCGCCUGCCAGUGUUCAGGACAAUUCUGACACAUUGGGGGAUCUCCUAUGGUGGGGGAAAUCAGUCGAUGGGCUGGUGUAUAUGCUAAAUAGUUUAAAGAAAACAGUCCUUUAUCAGUAUAUUUUUAUAGUUUUGUGUUCCAGAUAUUGUACAGACCUCCUCCUAUUGUGAUAAUAUAUCACACCUGUAUCUACCAAAUGUAUAGCACAGUGUUGAGGAGGGUUAAAUUAUAUUUCAAGUAUCUGUAUAUCGUGCUGAUUAUGCUACCUAUUUCUUUGGCUAGAGUACAUUGCUUUGCACUAAGUAAGCUGUUAUAAGCUUUAUUGAGCAAGUCAACGUGGAAGUUGGUGCACUCGGGUGACUCAUUGCUCCUCUACAGUCACCAGGUAACUCAGUGGUCCUAUGCAGUCACCUGGUGC